GCACGACAACCGAGCAGACGGACGGAUGCACGGGCGCACGCACACGUCCGCGGAAAGAAAACGUCGCGAGUGCAUCUGCGAAGAGUGAAAGAAAAAAAAACAAGGGCCUGCUGCUCCCACACCAUUUUGGGCCUAUUUUUGUGUGUGGCAGGGCAGAGACACCAUGCCCGUUGUGCCCUUAGCCGACGGUCAAUCGAUGUGAAAACUGUGCAAAAGCCACCAGCCAGGGAGCGAGGAUAGAGUGUACUAGGCGGCAAGAGACGACCGCGCGCGCAACCGGCCGUCUUUGGACGGAGCGCGCUUUCGGAGCGAAAGCGUAACAGGAAAACAGGAAAGUGAAAGUGCUGCUGCUGCUGCUGCUCAUCAGCCGGCGAUCCAGCACAAGGGCACUUGGUGAACAAAACAUUUCUGCAAUCGACACGCCGUCCAAAACCAUCCAAACCGCAUCACCAUGGCCAUGUCGAAGGGAUUCCGCGUGCUGGAGAAAUCCAAACCACCCUCCCCGCACAGCGUGCUGCUGGAGCAUCGGAACAAGCCGGAAACGCUGCUGUUCGAGUCGCAGGCCGUGGCCGUGCUGUCGGCCCAAGAGACGGAGAUCGUCCGCAAACAGUACACCAAAGUGCUGGACGCGUACGGCUGCCUGGGCGUGCUGCAGCUGAACGCCGGCGACAGCUCCCUGCUCUACCUGGUCAUGGUGACCGGGUGCUUUUCGGUGGGCAAAAUUCUCGACAGCGAAAUCUUCCGCAUCACGCAAACGCAGUUCGUCUCGCUGCAGUACCAGCCGACGAACGAGGACAAGGUGGCGGAAAUACGCAAGGUGCUCAACUCGGGCACGUUCUACUUUUCCUUCUCGAAUGUGGCUGGCAGCGGUGGUGGCGGUACCGGACCGACCAUUGCCCAGCCGUUCGGGUUCGAUGUGACGCUGUCGGCACAGCGGCGACGCCGGACGCGCGAAACCGACAAUCGCUUCUUCUGGAACCGGAUGCUGUUCAUCCAUCUGCUGCGGUUCGGCGUGGAGUGUAACUUCUGGCUGCUGAAGGCAAUGUGCGGCUCGGUCGAGAUACGGACGGUGUACGCGGGCAGCAAGCAGGCACGCGCCGCCAUCAUUUCGCGGUUGAGCUGCGAACGGGCCGGCACCCGGUUCAACGUGCGCGGCACCAACGACGAGGGCUGCGUGGCGAACUUUGUCGAGACGGAGCAGUGCAUCUAUCUGGACAACGAGAUCACGUCGUACGUGCAGACGCGCGGCAGUGUGCCACUGUUCUGGGAGCAGCCGGGCGUACAGGUGGGCUCGCACAAGGUGAAACUGUCGCGCGGGUUCGAAGCGUCCCGGUCCGCGUUCGACCGGCACAUGCGCACGAUGAAGGCCAGGUACGGGCAGCAGGCGAUCGUGAACCUGCUCGGCACCAGCCUGAUCGGCAGCAAGGAGGGCGAGGCGAUGCUGAGCAACGAAUUUCAGCGCCACCAUCGCGAGUCGGAGCACACGGACGUGCCGCACCUGGUAUUCGACUACCAUCAGGAGUGCCGGGGCGGCAACACGGUCGCACUGUCCAAGCUGCGGCAGAAGAUCGACGCAACGUGCGCUGACUUUGGGAUGUUUUACGCGAUCGGCGAUGCGGUGUACCGGGAGCAACGGGGCGCCAUCCGCACGAACUGCCUGGACUGUCUCGACCGGACGAACUGCGUGCAGACGUACAUCGGGCUGGAGAUGCUGAACGAACAGAUCACACUGAUGGCGGCGCUGGCGGAUAAGAAGCAGCAGAUGAGCUCCCGGUUCGAGGAAGUGUUUCGCCAGAUGUGGAUCAACAACGGGAACGAGGUGAGCAAGAUCUACGCCGGCACCGGGGCGAUCCAGGGCGGCUCGAAGCUGAUGGACGGGGCACGAUCGGCCGCCCGCACCAUCCAGAACAAUCUGCUGGACAAUUCGAAGCAGGAAGCGAUCGAUGUGCUACUGGUCGGUUCCACGCUCAGCUCGGAGCUGGCCGAUCGGGCCCGGAUACUGCUGCCCUCCAAUAUGCUGCACGCUCCUACGCCGGUGCUGAGGGAAAUGUGCAAACGGUACGAGGAGUACGUCAAUCCGCUGGUGUUCCGGGUGGCCUGCGGCACGUACAACGUCAACGGUGGCAAGCACUUCCGCAGCGUCGCCUACAAGGACGUUUCGUUGGCGGAUUGGCUGCUCGAUUGCCAUCGUUUGGCACGAUCGCGCUCGCUCGUUGAUUUCAGCCAGGUGGACGAUAGCAACGAACCUCCGGUGGACAUAUUUGCGAUUGGAUUUCAGGAAAUUGUCGACCUGAACGCAUCGAACAUUGUCGCGGCAAGCUCUGACAAUGCAAAGGCGUGGGCGGAAGAGCUGCAGAAGGUGGUCAGUCGGGACCGGGAGUACGUGCUGCUCACCUACCAGCAGCUGGUCGGCGUCUGUCUGUACAUCUACAUACGGCCCCAGCACGCCCAGUACAUCCGCGACGUGGCAAUCGAUUGCGUCAAGACAGGGCUGGGUGGCGCGACGGGCAACAAGGGAGCGGCCGCCAUCCGGUUCGUCCUGCACGGCACCUCCAUCUGCUUCGUGUGCGCCCACUUUGCCGCCGGGCAGUCGCAGGUGGCAGAACGGAACGCGGACUACGCGGAAAUUACGCGCAAGAUCGCGUUCCCGAUGGGCCGCUCGCUCAAGUCGCACGAUUACAUCUUCUGGUGCGGCGACUUCAACUACCGCAUCGACAUGGACAAGGACGAGCUGCGGGAGGCGCUGAAGCAGUCGCCGCACGAUCUGACCGCGGUGCUGCAGUACGACCAGCUGCGCAUCCAGCAGAACGCGGGCAGCGUGUUCAACGAGUUUCUCGAGGGCGAAAUCAGCUUCCCGCCGACGUACAAGUACGAUCUGUUCAGCGACGAUUACGACACCAGCGAAAAGUGCCGCGCGCCGGCCUGGACGGACCGGGUGCUGUGGCGGCGGCGCAAGCAGAGCCCGGACGCGGACCGGCACCCGGGCUGGAAUCCGGGCCGGCUGGUGCACUACGGGCGGGCGGAGCUGAAGCAAAGCGACCACCGGCCGGUCAUUGCCAUGAUCGACAUCGAGGUGCACUACAUCGAUCCGGAGCGCCGGUCGACCGUGUUCGGUGAUGUGAUACGCGAUCUGGGCCCGCCGGACGGCACGAUUCUGAUACAGGCGUGCAGCCCGUCCGCGGCCGGCACCGACUCGGGCGACGAGGACGAGGGCAGCAUCUACGACGAGAACCUGAUGGCGGCGCUGAUACAGGAGCUGACGCAGAUCGGGGAGGUGACGCUGGUGCGCUUCGUCGGCGACACGAUGUGGGUAACGUUCCGCGACGGGCAGUCGGCCCUGACCGCGGCCCAGAAGCGCUCGGUGCUGGUGUGCGGCGUGCAGCUCUCCAUCAAGCUCAAGACGGAGAACUGGGUGGAGCAGGUGGAGAAGGAGAUACUGCUCUGCACGCCGAACACGGUCAGCUUCUGCGACGGCAGCCAGACCGGGGGCGACUACAACAGCCUCGGCAUACCGGAGAUCCCGGCGCGCCCGAAAAGCCCACCCUCGGUACCGCAGCAGCCGUCCGCCCGUCCGGGGCCGCCCAGUCGCCCACCGUUACCAAAGUCCCCGCAAGCAUCACCAAAGCAUCAGCCACAGCAGCAGCAGCACCAUCAUCAUCACCCGCGGGCGGGCGUCAUCAGCCUGGGCCCGGAGAUACUGAUGGCUUCGAAGCUGCAGCAGCAGCAACAGCCGAAGGUACCGCCGGCCGUGCCCUGCCCACCGCAGCGACCGACACCACCGGUCGAGGAGUACGCCAGCUCGUCACCCGUGCCCAGCUCGCCGACGCACGGUCCGGGACAGCAGCAACCAGGCAGCUCCAACCUACCGCCCGUCGACACCGGUGCAAUAUACGAAGAAAUCAAUGACGACAUUCCCGUUCCCGAGCAGCCGCGUGGACCACCGCCCCCUCCGCCACGGAGCGACGUGUACGACCUGGACGUGGUGAGCAACAGCACCAACAGCAGCAGCAAAUCGGCACCGACCAAAUCCUCGCCCCCGGGCACAUCCGGCAGCUCCGGGGCGGGCUCUCCCUCAUCUACGACCGGCGGCAACGGUGUACUACCACCAUCGGGACCACCCAAGGGAGCACCGCCACCACUUCCGAUGCGACGGGGCGCACCCCCUCCCAUACCAAAUCGAAGCGGUGGUCCACCGCCGCUACCGGCCCGCCCAAACAAUCCUUAGGGGAGCUGCUUUCCCUCCCAUUCCUACCACCUAAGGGCAUCAUUAUCAGUGUGACUGACUGACGUCACAGCUAAUCUAUCUCCUCAUCUCAUCACAUCUAGCUAUCCCCGGACAGUGGACACGGUGGUGGGGGGGAGAGGACGCCAAUGCAUCAUAGUAGCGUCAUCGCCACCACUGAAAGAAGAAAAUUUAGAAGCAGGGUAGUUGCAAUCAAGGCUCAUCCCAAGGGAGCUGACCAGAAAUAGGAAAAAUUUGAACUGUAUUUAGCAUAACUGCAGCAAUUGUGUGAAUUUGUGUUGAACUACUGCUACCGUACUACAACUAUUAUUAUAACAAUAGCCAGUACAGCUAUUACUGCUAUUAUUACACACUACUACACCACUCAUCACCAUCAGCAUGCAUCGUGCGAUAGAAGAAAUCCGAUGCUUCUCUAUUUAUUCGGGUGUGUGACAUUCCAAAAAACGAAACAAAAAAGCGUAGAGUAGACUUAUUAUCCUCACUCAUCACCAGGAACGAAUGCAUUGGGACCUACGUUACGAUAUACUCCUCGUUAAAUACUGAUGUUAAAGUUACACUAUCCGUUGCCAGUCCGUUUUCAUUACCUUAGGUGUUUGGAGGAAGAAGGCAAAGAUUAUUAUUAUUAUAUGAAUAUUAUUUAACGAUUAAUAUUAUUGAUAAUAUUAUUUUACCGCUAAUUAUUAUUAUGAUUAUUAUUAUUGUAGUGGUUAAAAGCAAUGCGGUUGGUUGCGGGGAGACAAGUUAAUUAUGCGGCAAGGGAAUAUCAAGUCUGUUAUCGAAAUUGGGAUUAAUAAUUUAAUCCAUCGUACCUAUAGGCAGAUGAAAAACUAUUAUUACACUAUAAACGAAUGCGGAGGCGCUGGUGUGGGUCCGCCGCUGCAUGAGGUGGAGAAAUAAACGAAUGCAUUCACAGCUGAAGCAAUAGUAGAGCAAUUGGAAACAAAACUGACAACGCUUAUUAAGUAUAUGGGGGUGCGGUAAGUAGUAGUGGCCAGCUGAUAGGAUCAAUUAGAAACAGAAGAAACAUCGGCAACAGAAUCGCCGGCAGAGCGCAUAUGUCUGCCACGUUUUGCGUUUACUAUCGUGCAAGCUAAACCAACGGGGGUUGGCCGAUUAUUCCCAAAAAAAAGCAUUAACGCAUUACACGCUUAGCAAAGCUUCUUGCGCUCCGAUCCGAAGGGACGAAGGAAGGAUGCGCGCCCGUAAAACCACCCCAUUUAAUAAUAUAAAGUAAAACAGUUAUCGCAAAAUUUAUUGUUAGCGCAAGUGUGUUUGCCAGUUUCAUUACCAAUAGCGUACGUCGUAGGGUACGCCAGCAUUAUAUUGCGCAACCGGGAAGGGUGCGAAAUUAAACGAACUGACACGAGUGUAUCUAUCCAGUGUCCACCGCGUAUGGUUAUUGCAGGUGUGGCGUAUGAAUGUAAUAAUGUUGCGUUUGCGAAAAUAUUUAUCCGAUUGAAAGUGUUCUGUGAAUGGUGUCGUCUGUAUGUGUGCAUGGACGGGUGUGUGUUUGUUUGGGUUUGGGAAGCGCAAGCAAAAAGGCAGCAGUAGAGCAGCCCAUAUGAUACACAAUUACAUAUUAUCAUGAAACGAAUGAAUAAACAACAUAGUAAAACCAUU